AUGAAUAAUAAUAAUAAUAAUAAUAAUAAUAAUAAUAAUAAUAAUAAUAAUAAUAAUAAUAAUAAUAAAUAUAAUAAUUACAAUUUUGACAACACUUCAAAUGGUGAAGUAAAGUUUUGUUCAAAAUGUAAAAGUAGUGUCGCAUACGAAACUCCAGUUGAUAUGAAUAAAUUGAACGAAGAAAGUAUUAGAAAAAUACUCGGAUAUUACGAUAAAAAUUGCCACAAUGGUUUACUCUGUAAUGAUUGUUUUAAUGGAUUUAUUAAAAAUAGAAUUAAUGAAAAUAAAAAACUUACUGAAAUUACAGAAAAUGCCCAUUUCCUUGGAAGAGAGCCACUCCAACCAUUUAAAAUUAAUAAAAAUUUUAAUAAUAACAAUUUCACUGAUGAAUCUCCAAAUAAUUAUUCCAAUUGUGUUAUCGCAUCAACUCCACUCAAUUCAAUUAAUAAUAAUAAUAAUAAUAAUAAUAAUAAUAAUAAUAAUAAUAAUAAUAAUAAUAAUAAUAAUUUUGUAUAUUCCCAUAACUACAAUAACAAUAUUCCACAUAUUAAAAUAGAUAACAUUAAUAAUAAUUCAAACCAUAAUAAUCAAAAUGGUAAUAAUAAUAACAAUAAUAACAAUAAUAACAAUAAUAACAAUAAUAAUAAUAAUAAUAACAAUAAUGUUGAUGAUAGUAAAACCAAUAAUAAUAAUAAUAACAAUAAUAAUAAUAAUAACAAUAAUAAUAAUAAUAAUAAUAAUAAUAAUAAUAAUAAUAAUAAUAAUAAUAAUAAUAAUAAUAAUAAUAAUAAUAAUAAUAAUAAUAAUAAUAAUAAUAAUAAUAAUAAUAGUCUUGAUGAAGGUAAAAGUAAAUUGAAAAAUAUGUGUUUAUUUUAUUUAAAUUCUUUAAAGACUGUCCAACUCCAUGAAUUGAUUGAUAGAACAAAUUCUUCAAAAAAAGGAUGUAAAGCCAAACUUACUGAAAGAUUACUUAGACAUAUGUUUGCAUUUACCAGAACCAUUGAAAUUCCUCCAUUGUAUACUCCAAGUAUGAAAGAUAGUGAUAUCCAAAUGCAUUUAAAAAGAUAUGGCGCACAAACUCAUGGUAAUAGAUCUGAAAUGAUACCAAGGCUACUUGUUUAUCAUUUACUCUUUUUUGAUCGUUUCAAUCCAGACGGUACACCUGUAGUUGGCAAUAACAACAAUAACAACAAUGGUAACAAUGGUAACAAUGGAAACAAUAACAAUAAUUCAUCAACUCAACGCACUCCACGUUCAUCUCCACGUCCAUCAACAAACAAUACUAAACCAUCUCCACGUUCACAAUUAAAUUCUGCAACUUUAAAUUCUUCAAAUCCAAAUUCUUCAACUUCUACAACUACCACUACCACUACUACUACAUCAAAUACCAAUACCAAUAUCAAUAAUAAUAAUAGUACUACUAAUAAUAAUACAAAUAAUAAUAAUAAUAAUAAUAACAACAACAGUAAUAAUAAUAAUACAAAUAAUAAUGGCUAUAAUAAUAGCUAUAAUAAUUAUGUUGACAACUCACUUAAUGUAUCAAAUUCUGAAGUUAGUAAUGCAUCCCCAUCAACUCCUUAUACUGGAUAUGAUUUAAAUAAUAGUGGUAAUGGUAUUGUUAAUGGUGGUUAUAACAAUAGUUAUAAUAAUAAUAAUAAUAAUAAUAAUAGUAACAAUAGUAAUACUUAUAAUAAUAAUAAUAUUAAUAAUAACUAUAAUAAUUAUAAUAACUAUUAUAACAACAAUUAUAAUUAUACUGGCGGUAAUUCUCAAAAUAGUUUCAACUUAAAUAAUUAUAAUGGUUAUAAUACUAUUAACAGUAAUAAUUUUGUUAAUAAUAAUAAUAAUAACAUUAAUAAUAAUAAUUAUAAUAAUAAUAGCAGAGAGAAUUCAUCACCAGUACUCGUACCAACAAAUGAUAAAAUUCAAAUUUGUGUUGAUAGUGGUCUAUGCGAAGGUUUGGCAUAUAACAACGGUUAUAAUCACAGUAUUUAUAAUAAUAAGGAUUAUGCUGCCACAAUAACUCCUUUAAAUUAUCAACCUACUGUAGAAUUGCAACAAAACCAAGACUACUAUCAUCAAUUUUUAUCUACUUUUGAUGGUGGAAAUAAUUUAUAUUAUAUUCCUACACCAACCCAUCAAACACAACAACCAAAUAAUUAUUAUUAUUAUGUUAAUGGAAAUAAUAAUAAUAAUAAUAAUAUUGGUAAUAAUAAUAUUAAUAAUAAUAAUGAUAAUAAUAUUAACAAUAAUAAUAAUAAUAAUAAUAAUAAUAAUAAUAAUAAUAAUAAUAAUAAUAAUAAUAAUAAUAAUAAUAAUAAUAAUAAUAAUAAUAAUAAUAAUAAUAAUAAUAAUAAUAAUAAUAAUAAUAAUAAUAAUAAUAAUAAUAAUAAUAAUAUUAAUUAUAAUAAUAACAAUAAUAAUAUUGCAAUUGAUAAUAAUAUUAAUUAUAAUAAUAUUAAUUUUAUUAAUAAUAGUAAAAAAUAA